AUGACUGAACGGUUACAAAAACGAGACGAUAAAAGGAAACUGAACAUUGAAAAUAAGAAGGAAGACAGAGAGGCGCCUAUUCGAGAGAAAUGUGAACAUUUUCAUGACAAUCUGAGCAAGGAAAUUGAUGAAAUUGAGAGAGAUGUGUCAAGAAGUUCGUCACUGACGAAGACAGAAUUGAUAGAUCACUUUGAUGGCUUAACUGUUCGCUUACAAAAGGCUCAGAAAUUUUUAUCUGAAGCAACAUUGUUUCUGCCAUCAUAUGACAUAAGUAAAGCAACCGAAUCUCUUUCUAAACUUCAAAAUAUGUUACAAGAUAAAAGAAAUGAAUUGAUGCCAAAGAAAAAGUUUGCAUUUAAGAGCAAAAAAGCAAGUGAAGGAGAUGGAAAGAAGACUAAAAACUUAUCGACAAAGGAUGACGCUCACAAGAAGUCAACUAAAAACGAGCCCUGUAUUUUAGCAGACUGUAAAUUUGUAGAUGAAGAUGGUAAAAAUUUAUCCAUGGAUCCGUCACAGAUAAACCAAAAAGAUGUUGCAUUGGCCAGACUUAAACAUUGUGUAGUGAAAUUAUAUGGUUCACCAUCAGCUAUUCAUGUGAAUGAACUGGAAGAUUGUAAAAUAUUUUGUGGUCCAGUGUCUGGUUCUAUUUUUAUACGUGAAUGUAAAAAUUGUGUUUUUAUAUUGUCUUGUCAACAGUUACGAAUUCAUACGACAGAAUUUACAAACUUUUACAUUCAUGUUACUAGUAAGGCCAUCAUUGAAGACAGUCAUGAUGUUCAAUUUGCACCUUAUAAUUGGAAUUACCCUGGAAUUGCUGAACACUUUAAAUUAUCAGGUUUAGACAAGGAACGUAAUAAUUGGGAUGAUAUUGAUGAUUUUAAUUGGUUGGCUGUAGAUGCACAUUCACCAAACUGGUCACUUGUAGCUCCCGAGCAGAGAAAAAAUUGGGACCCUUGA